AUAUUUUUAUGUGAAUUAACAUUUUAUUUCUGGAAUAAACCAAUUAUUUUUCUUUCAAUGGAGAGGAUUCUUCAAAUAUACAGACGUUUACAUCAUCAUUGCCCUAAACUAAAACUGUCAAUGGAGAAAACAAAUGGGUUAAGAAACAAAUAAGACGAAGAAGUUGAUUCUGCAACGUAAACAAACAAAAUGGCGUCAAAUUUUGGACGCAUUUCACCUCAAGACAGAAAAGAUUUAGAGAAAUUUACUAACUUUUUCAUCUUGAAAAGCUUGCAGAUAAUCGUGCAAUCAAGAUUGGGAGAGAAAAUUCGUACGAAAUCAAAGCCUGUCUCGUCGGGAGCAGAUUGGGCCUAUAUUAAUACUUAUGAAAGUGCAUUGAAAUACUUCAGUACUCUGUGGAUAUUUAACCUAGCUGUGAAAGAUACACCUGAUGUACAGACGGAAGCUAAGAAAAUUUUGAACAGUCAACAAUCAAUGUUAGGACAAAAUGUUUGUGCUGAAAUAUCUUUACAAACCUCUGAGGGUGAAACUAUGGUUUUAGAAACCUGGUUUAUGGCAUUAGAUGGAUCCAUUGUAGACAACUCUGUUAAAGUUUCUUAUGGAGUUUACAACCGAAUGGGCAUUGCAUUAAAAUCAUUAUUUAGUGUAUCUCGCAUUCCACCAGCUUAUCGUCUUGCACGGCAGCAGGGAGCCAGUGGUGGGGACUAUGUUAUAUGUUAUAGAUUUUAUUUGGGAGAACCUCAGUUCUUUCAGUUAGCAGAAGAUUACAAGAAAUGUGUUGUAGGUGCUGUACCUACACCAAUGGGGAAAAUAACUAUAAAUCUUGCUUACCGAACUAAAUUAUUAAUCUCUCCUCAUAAAGCAACGAGACAGUUACCAUUUGAAUUGAAGGAUGAUCAUUUUAAAGUUGAAAAUAGCCCAAAUUGUCCUAGGAGACAAACAGAACCUAAACCAUGUAGUCUAGGAUUUAGAAGGACUAGUGUGACUGAAGAUAUAAAGAUAGAUGAGCUGGAUCAUCAAGACUACUGUUCAACAUUAUUUUCAACGUCUCCACCAGACUAUGCUUUCAUCACAGAAACUAAGACAAGCAGUUGUAAAACUACACCACCAAUCAGCAUCAAUCACAAACAAACAUUACCUCCUGUUGACCAAAGACCACAAAGUGCUCCAGAGAAUUCCAACAGUUUUACAACACUGCAUAGAGUUGGUGCAUUUGUGCAGCCACAAAGUAUGAAAGACUUACCAUUGAAAGGACUGGAAGAAAUUCCUUUUCUGAGUUUAUUAAAUGACACUGGUAAGAUUGAGUCUAGAGUAGUAUCAGGAAAAGAUAAUUGUAGUACAAGUAGUGGAGAAAAUAUGGAGACAGCUAACAGUUCAACUGGAACCACUACUGAAAGUGAAAUCAUGAAAUCUACUGGUAGUCACGUGUCUGUUAAUGAUGAUUUUGUUAUGGUUGAAUUGAAAACACCAUUUGCUGGAGUGGACUCUAAUAAUGAUUUGGGUAAAUUUUUUCGAGACUGUCAGGGAGCACUGACAAUGUCUAUGUUUGAAGAGGAGACAACUUUAAAUGACACACUGGACCAAGUUACAACACAGUUAGCUAUGUUCGAAACUAAUAUGAAAGACUUUGAUGACUUUGUGGAAUCAUUCCACCAAGACAUGGACCCAUGA